GACACGUGUUUAGAGGCUUUAUGUAACUUUAAGGCUCUAUAAACAGAGGACAGCUUCUCUAAACUACAAUAUACCAGCUAGAUAACAACUAAACUAACAAACUAAAGGUUAUUAGAUGAUUUAAUCAGCUCAGGUUGAAACAGGAAGAGUUUAUUAACCGUCGUGUUUAGUUUAACUAGUUAAAUGAGUUCACUGAGAUGUGUUAUUGUGCAUUUUGUGUAUUUAAAUCACCAGUUAAAGUCUUAUUCUGUGUGUGUUUAAAGAGAUAGAAACAGAAUAGUAAGGCUAACUGUAGGUGUCCUGGUGGAGGACAGAGAGCUGCAGGACAUUUAGUUCUCUACUGACACACAUUCCUCCUCCUCAGACUCACUAAGUACUAUUAUACAGAUAUCUUUAUUAUUUAAUCAAUGAUGGCUGCUGCUUUGAUCAGACGAGGAACAGGACUAUGUUGUAUUCACAGGGAGUUGUGCAGAGUGGUCUGGAGGUCUCAAACUGCACUGUUCAGCUCCAAACCAUCAGACAAAAAUCAGCCACGCAAGACCCACAUCAAGAAAGCGAAGCCGAAGCCAGCGGUGGACGUUGCUAAACUCCUGGAGGAGAUCUUCUCCCAGCAGAGGCCGGGCACAGCGCCUCCUGCUGGUAAAGCUCGACCUGCCAAAGCCUCCUCCAUCCCCACCAAACCUCCCACCACCUCCUCAGUGAACGUCUCCACCUCAAAUAUUCCUCCUUUGUCAAAGACAAAUGCUCGUAGUCUUUCCAACGUGACCGUUGCUACGACCUCAGGUUCCUCUCCAACCAGCUCAACACCAGCUGCAAUAGAACACCAACCCUCGGCUGAAACAAUAGAAACCAAAGUAGAAACUGCCACCGUACUGCCUUUAUCAGCCCACGAGGUGGAGAAGAACGCAGAGGCAUCAUCUUUCCCAGCUGCUACAGUAGAACCCUUAAUAGAAACUACAAUAGAAUCACCAGUAGAUCAUACCCUGUCCUCUGUGGAAACAGUAGAAACUAGAGCUGCUGUUGUUGAAGGUCCAGUAGAGCCUACAGUAGAUGCUCCAGCUGAAGCAAUACAAACCAAAGACACAGACUCAGGAGUGGCCAUAGAAGAUCCCUUAAUAGAAACUACAAUAGAAUCACUAGUAGAAGCUGUGGAAACACUAGAAACUAGAGCUGCAGUUGUUGGGGGUCCAGUAGAGCCGACGAUAGACGUCACAGUAGAUGCAGCAGCUCAAGAAGUAGAAACCAACAGCACAGACUCAGGAGUGGUUGACAUUUCGCACACUGCAGCAGUAGAACCCGUACUAGAAUCUACAGUAGAACCACCAGUGGAGGCCUCUCCUCUGGAAACACUAGAGAGUGGAGCUGCUGUUGUUGAAUGUCCAGUAGAGCCUUCAGUAGAUGCAACAGCUCAAGAAGUAGAAACCAAAGGCACAGGUCCUAUUAACCUUUCGCACACUGCCAAAGAAGAAACUACAAUAGAAACUCCAGUAGAAGCCGUGGAAGCACUAGAAACUAGAGCUGCUGUUGUUGAGGGUCCAGUAGAGCCUACGAUAGACGUCACAGUAGAUGCAGCAGCUCACAAAGUAGAAACCAACAGCACAGACUCGGGUCCUGUUUACCUCUCGCAUACUGCCAAAGAAGAACCUUUAAUAGAAAUUACAAUAGAAUCACCAGUAGAAGCCAGCCAUUUUCCUGUGGAAACACUUGAAACUAAAGCUGCUGUUGUUGAGGGUCCAGUAGAGCCGACGAUAGACGUCACAGUAGAUGCAGCAGCUCAGGAAGUAGACUCAGGAGUGGUUAACAUCUCAUACAGUGCCAAAGAAGAACCUUUAAUAGAAACUACAAUAGAACCAGCAGUAGACGCCAGCACCUCGCCUGUUUCUGAAGGUACAAUAGAGCCUACAAUAGAAACUGAAGCAGUCGACAACCUCUCACACACUCCCGUAAUACAAAACGCACACGAAUCUGCACCCUUGCCUUUGAAAAUAGACUCUACAGUAGAAUCAUGCUCAGUAAAUGAGGAAGUGAGUCUGUCUGAAGAGAUGACGUUAGAGUCCGUAACGCUCCACAUAGACCAGGUCCUGGUAGCGUCUUUAAAAACCGACGAGCUCCUCAGAACAAAAUCAAUCCUCGAUGAGAAAGCGGAGAAGCAGCUCCAGGAGUCGUCGGUCCGGACGGAGAUCGCAGCUGAAUCUGAAUCUGAGGAUUCAAGCGACAACGAGGGCGAGAAUCUAAAUAAAGUUUUGUCAAAAUGGGACUCUCUGUCUGAAGAUCUUCAAGCGUUGGAAGGAGAAAGCAGCGCGUUGGUGAAUGAGCUCCUCUUUCACGUUCCUGCAACGCUUUCUAAAACAAGUUCAAACGCCGAGCAGACGGAGGAGAAAGCAACUGAAGCCAUGACGCUGGAAUCAGUAACUUUAUCAGAAGUGACGGCGGACGUUGGAGGUCUUGACACCGAAGCUCUGCUAGAAGCGAUGAACGCUCUGGAGAAAGAAGCUGAUGUUCUAGCGAAAGAGGAGAAGAUGGAAGUUACGACCACGAUGGAGGAUGUUGCUGAGUUUGAGGAUGAAAUGUUAACCUUAGAUUCGAUCUCUGAAGCCACCGAUGCGAUAGAAGCUGUCAUGCUGGAGGUCAUGUUGGGUUCUGAGCAAGGACCGAGGCAGCCGCUCGAAGGUCAGGAGGCAGAAGAAGAGUCCGGAGAGAGCGAGCGAGGGAGCGUCGUGGAGGCCAUGAGUCUGGAGUCUGUGACUCUGGCUGAAGUCGAGGCCUCUUUGGGAACUCUGGAGGAUGAAUCUCUGAGUGAAACUGCAGAUUAUCUGGAGAAAGAAGCUGAAAUCGUUGCUGGAGAGAAGAAGGUGGAGGUAGAGGAGGACGUGGUGGCGUCUGAAGAGACGACUCUGGAGAUCGAGUCUCUGCCUGAAGAUCUGCAGAUAGAUGCACUGAUGGAGGAGCUACUCUUCUCUGUUCCCGGACACGUAACCAGGGUAACAGAAGGUCAGGAGGUUGUAAGAGCGGAUGUUUUGGAUGAAAUGGUGGUCGUUGGGUCAGUCGACGUUGAUACUGCAGCUGAAGUGACAGAUGAUGUUCCAGCUCAGAAGGAGGUGCUGCUGAAGGAGGAGUUCAAGGAGGAGGAAGGAGCUCAGGCUGAGGCCUUGGGGAGUGAAGAUGUUAAAGGGACUCACGCAGAUUUAGAUCCGGUGCAGAGACUCUUCCUGGAGAAGAUCAGAGAAUACAACAACAUGCGCAGGUUGAAUGGAGGACUGUUGGAGGCGGAACCAGGUUACGAAAAACUCCUGUCAGAGGAGACGGCGAAGCUCCAGAGACUUUAUGGAGGAGGAGACCUCAGCAGCUUCCCUCAGUUCACCUUUACUGAGCCCGAAACGGACCAGGACUCCAAAUGAUCCAUGACGCCUACCUCCUACUCUUUACACUCUUCCUUAACCUCUUCCCUCUCCGUGUUCCUCCUCCAUUACCUCCUCAUUUCAGUUUUACUACAUGGGAGAACAGAACGAGGGAGAGAAGAGAAAGCAUAUCAUGUUUGUUCUGCCAUUAAAAUAAAGGGAAAUGUAUUCCUGUUUGUUUGUACUGUGCAAUAAUGAUGGUAUAUAUUAAUAUUAUAUUUUAUUAAAGCAGCACUUUCAAAAGAG